GGCACUCGAGUCUCCUGCUGGUUGCAUUGCUGUAAAUCAGCUGCUGCUGAUGGAAUGCCAUUGAAAGAAGUGCAGCACAACCACCCAUAAAAGAAUAAUGUUCAGUAAACUAACAAGCAAUAAACACUGCAGUGAAGCUACUGGCUCUCCGCCCUCCUGCUCACAUUGCCAGGCCCUGAGAGACACAGCAGCGGCUCUUCUUCAUUUCCACUAAUUACAGCUGGAAUCCUCUCAACUCCUUCUUCUGAACGGUGAACCCCUCCCCCCAUGCUCCCCUUUACCACCCCCAAACAAUUCCAUCCCCCACCCUGCUGCGCUGUGUUCACAGGACUGCCCCUCCCUCCCUCUACCCCAUUUGCCAUGUUUGUGCUGAUUAAUUAAAAAUCUGCUCUGAGUAAUACCGUGUGACAAGCUAAUCCCAGACUCAAUGACACUACAAAUCAUUCUGCAAGGCUACUCCUCAGCUCACAGCUUGUCUUGGCGACUCCAGUGCCUUCCCUCUCUGCUCCCUCUCCGCUGGGCAGUGUUGGUGCUGUCAUUUGCUGGAUAUUCCCUUCCCAUCAGCAGAUCUCCAUCACGUGUGUGAAAAAAAAAAAAAAAAAAAAAAAAACUCUUUAGCAACACUCAGAAGCCAUGGCAGAGAUUACCGGAACGUUCCGCAUGGUGUCGGAGGAGGAGCAGGGGCUCCGAGCCAAACUGGAGAGGCUCACCGUCAAGGAUCAUGGACCGGUCUUUGGGAUUUGUGACAAGCUGCCCCCCCACACAAUCCAGAAGGCAAAGGACGAGAUGAGCGAGACGGAUGAGAAGCGGGAGAGUGCAGUGAAGGAGCUGCGCGCGCUGAUGCAGAAGAAGGAGGACGCCGGAGAGGACGCCAGCAAGUCCGUGGCAGAGCGCAUGCUGGACAAGCCCGACGCCAUCCUCCUGCGCUUCAUCCGCGCACGCAAAUACGAUGUCGCCCGCGCCUACGAGCUCAUUAAAGGGUACGUCCGUUUUCGGGAGCAUUAUCCCGAACUCUUUGAGAACCUGACCCCCGAGGCUGUGCGCAGUACAAUCGAGGCGGGGUACCCUGGGAUCCUCUCCAGCAGAGACAAGUACGGCCGUGUGGUGCUGCUCUUCAACAUCGAGAAUUGGGACUACGAGGAGAUCACCUUCGAUGAGAUCCUGCGUGCCUAUUGCGUGAUCCUGGAGAAGCUGCUGGAGAACGAGGAGACGCAGAUCAAUGGGUUCUGCAUCAUUGAGAACUUCAAGGGCUUUACCAUGCAGCAGGCCUCCGGGAUCAAGCCCAUCGAGCUCAAGAAGAUGGUGGACAUGCUGCAGGACUCGUUCCCAGCCCGGUUCAAGGCGGUCCACUUCAUUCACCAGCCAUGGUACUUCACCACCACAUACAAUGUGGUCAAGCCACUGAUGAAGGGCAAGCUCCUAGAGAGGGUCUUCGUUCACGGAGACGAGUUGGAACCCUUCUUCAAGGAGAUCGACGCAGACAUCCUGCCGUCGGAUUUCGGUGGGAAGCUGCCGGCGUACGACGGGAAGGUGACAGCUGAGAAGCUGUUCGGUCCGCGGGUCGAGUCUGAGGACACGGCUCUCUAACCCUGACGCUCUCCAGCGACAGAAGUAUAUGAAAAUUCAUUAAUAGGGUUGUUGUAUUAGAUUUCUUCAAGAGGUGGUCAAGAAACACUGUCAUUCUGAGGAGAGGAUUAAAACCGUGCACCAGAAAAAACUGAACCAACACAAACCAAAAACACCAGACGUCAGAUUUCUGGCUAGUUUUAUUUGUGAGAUUUGUAUAAUUGCCACUGGGGGGUGCUCCAUACUCACAUUUCAAGAUUGAACUGUAAAAAAAAAAAAAAAAAAAAAAAAAAAAACAGGGCCUUGGCCUGAGAAAACAAACAAACAAACAUGUACUUGUUUAUGAUUUGGAGCCUUGGGUCAGUGGUUAAGAAGGCCUGGGAUUUUAUCCACAUUUCGGUAGUCUAAUCUUCAAAAGAUAUAGCCUACCACUAUAGCUCUAGUGCAAAAAGUGUCUCAAUUUUUUCCCUUUGUAUAGUUAAAUAAAAAUGUUAAAUGCCCUGUGAGCUAAAAACUA